AAAUAAAAAGACGCAAGUUCGUAGGCGUUCGUACAGAACAAUUCUAUUUAAAUAUAAUUAAUAAUUAUGCUUAAUUAUAAAUUGGCUAAUUUAAUAAAACAAAGAUGAUAAAUGUUAAAUUAAUUUGAUAAAAAAACGAUGGUUGAUAGUUUUAAACAAUCAUUACCACCGAAAGUUGUUGGACCAGUUCAUGGUUAUUUGGAUUUAAAAAUUGAUCAAGUUGUUUGGACGCGACGUUCGAAUUGUGCCGUUAAAAUUAAAGUUCAUUGGUGGGGUCAAGAUAGUUCCGAAUUUUUAUUCAGGCUUGGAAACAAACAUGAAAAAACUUUGUAUACAUACACGAUUCAAACCACAUUUAAAUUAUUUCGAAAUUACUUAAUGAAUUGUUUAGGACUAACGUUGAGUGUGAUCGAUGAACAAAUGGGAACCCUAAUUGGAGUUUGUGUUUUAAAAAACUUACAUUUAUUAAUUGUUGACGAAACACCACACGAAGAUUUAUAUCCAAUUUUAAAUGAAUACGAUUCACAAAUCGGUCGGAUACAGGUCGGAUUUCGUUUAUGUCUUUUAUCAAAUAGUCAAUCGAAAAUUGUUAGUAAAUCGUCUGAUUCUCUACCUCGAGAUCAUUGUUUAAAAGUUAAUUCGUUGGAUAGUCAAUUUAAUUCAAGCGAUAGCGAUAACAUUGUUAGCAGUAAAAUUGUGCAUAAAGUUUUGAAACAAGGACAACGACUGCGUAAUGCAAUGGUGGAGACAAUUUUGGAUAAUGAUCCAUUUAAUAAAGAUGUUUACAAUCCGGUAGUUGCGCCCAAACUUGAUAGUCAACUAUCCACGGCACGGAAUCAAUCUGAAUUCGAUAAAAACACUCGAGUCUUUGAUUAUUUAACGGGUGCCAAUGUUUCUCCACUUGAAGAGGAACAAAUUUUAAAUACAAUUCGUACAAUUUCCCCUGCAAUAAGUAUGAUCCAAUUAGCAUCAGAUCUUCAUUUUCAAAAUACAAAUGAGAUAAUUACACAACGUGAAAAACCAGUUGCUGCCAUGAAUCCAGCAUCGCAACCACAAACGUCGAACGUUAAAAUUAGUACUGACUAUAAAUAUGAAAAAUUAAAAAGCAUUUCACAGAAAUCGAUUUUAACAAAUAAUGAAAAUGAGAAUAAUUUAUUAUCCUUUGUUGAUUCGUUUAAAGUUUACGUUUACACGUUAAAGUUUAAUUCAGCCGGUUGGCGAAAGGUUUUUGGGUAUGAUAAUAAAAGUUUACUUAGUAGAGCACCAACAUUUUUUGUUGAAUAUGUUCUACCGCAAUUGUUAAACGAAGAUUCACUCAAACAAAAUGAGAAAAAACAAAAAGUUAAUUCCAAUAUUGUUAAUCGGGCAACUCGAUUUUGUUCGAAAAAAGUUGUUCAGGAAGUAAUACACUUUAAACAACAAUCUAUACACAAAAUUGUAAAUAUAGAAUCAUUAAAUUUAAGUAAUUUAAUAUUGGAAUUAAAAAUAUUUAGUCGAAAUGUAAGUCAGCGUGGUGCAACACCCAUAGGAAUAGCCAAAAUCAAUUUAUCUGAUAUCAUUGAUCAAGAAGAUUUUACGUGUGAUGAAGAGCUAGUUGUGAUUGAUACAAAUAAACCAUUAGGUAUUGGAACGUUAAAAGUACGUUUACAAUUUGGUUGUGAUAAAAUUCAUUUUGGAAAAGAAUUUAUAGAGGCAAUAACUUGUGAAAAGGAAAAUCGAAAACUUUCUAACUGUGAUUCGAUAACAAAAGACCUACACCCUGGCGAUAAUACACAUUUGGAAACAAAAAUAAUGAAACCAAAUUCAAAUUUGCAUUCAAUUUUAUCGAAACCAAUAACUGUACCGCCAAAAACUAAAACAAUAACAGUGCCACCAAAAGAGGUACCAAAAAAAUUUACCAAUUCAAUUUUAAAUGAAUAUCAAUUGGCAACGAAUUUUGAUAAUAACACGUUAAACUUAUUACAAUGUUUAAUUUAUAUACCAGAAAUACAUUUUGAAACGGAUUAUCCAAAAUGUACAUUUUUAAUUUGUCGCGCAUUUUGGCGGGAAGAUACUACUAUUAGUAAAUUAUAUUAUCACACUCAACGUGCAGUCUAUCAAUUUCGUGAGAUAAUUCCAUUACUUUACAAUUCAGAAUUUUUAUCUCGAACCAAAAACAACUAUUUGAUUGUCGAAAUUUGGGAAAAUGAUGGUAAUACUGAAAAUUUCUUAGGAAUUUGUAAAUUACCAUUACAUCAAUUAUAUGUAGCGUAUCGUGAUCCUAAGGUUGCGUGUCAUUUAGCAGAAGCGAAGCUACCAGUAAUCGCAUUUGACGGUUGGGAAGAAAUAAUUCAUCCAAUUUCACUAAAUCGUAACGGACAACUGCAAGCUCUUUUAGCUGUAGGUACUGAAAGUCAAAUAAAUUUUCUAGAAGUAUCUCGUGGUAUAAAUGAACCGAGUGUUGGCAAAAGAAACAGUUACAACGAAUUCAAUCGCAAAUAUUUAGCAAAACAAACUCUAUCCCAUAAGAAGAGUGAUGUAGAUAAUUUGAACACUGAAAUUAAACAACAGGUUUCAAAUAAUACUCAAACAAAUCAAAAUAUUGAAGAUUUAUCGAAAACGGAGAAAGUGAUUAUUACUCAAGCAAACCAUAACGUUGAGGAAGCCAGGGAAUCUAAAACUGUUGAAGAGUCUGCAACACAAACAAUAGAUUUAUCAAUUUCGGUGGAAAAAAAGGAUAAAGCGAUACAAACAUAUAUUACACAAUCAACUCAAACAGACUUUAUUGAAUCAGAAAUGGAGCCAAAUAAGCAAAAAUCUUCAGAAGGUAAUAAUAAUCCAAAUUUAACGAAAUCGAAUCUAUUAGAAUCAUUUAUGGAACUUGCUAACAAAUUAUCAUCACCAAAUCAACAAAUAGAUCAAAGUGCUCAAGCUAAUAUUCCUGUAGAAAAUAAAUCUACAGAAAUAGAUAAUCCAAAACUUGAAGAUACAUCAAAACUUUUUGAAAUGUUGCAAAAAGCACUUUCGAAAUCUCAGCCAACACCAGAAAACAGUACAUUUAGAGCACAUGUCGUUAUUGAAAACGCUGUACAUUUAUCGAUCCGUCGACGAAGAAUCAAAUCAAAAGGGAAGCAUGCUAAAAAACAUAUUGAAAUAAUGCCAACCACAUAUGUGAGUUUUGAACCGAUACCAGAAAAAGGUUUAUUAUUUACUUCAAUUAUACCAAAAUGUACAAAUCCACGUUGGAAUCAACAUUUUGAAUGUCAAAUACCCAGAGAUAUGCUUUACGAUGAUCAAAAACGUUUAAUAUUUAAAGUAUGGAAUAAAAAUGGAACAGAUUAUACACAACCAAAUGUUGUUACUGAUUCAGUUAUUGGAUUUGCUGCUUUAGAUUUAACAGUUUUACCAGCUGGUUUACCAAAUAUCCAAGGAUGGUUUAACAUCAUGGAUUUCACUUCUCGCUGUAACGGACAAAUUAAAAUCAAUGUAACUCCUCUGGAGGAUAUUUCAAAGAAAAAUUCCAAUGCUUCAUCUGUAUUUAUUCCACCACUGUCAAUUCCUACACCAUCCCCACCUGGGGAUGACCUUUUUGAAUUAACACCAUCAACGUCAUUAUUAAGUAACACUCUAAAACGAAAAUUCACCGAAUUGGAUGAAAUUACCGAACGGCUCAAACAACGAUUAAUGGAUGUAACCAAAAGUGACGAAGACAGUGAUAAUAACAACGAAUUCGAACACGAUUUGAAUACCGAACCACCGACUAAUGAAGAAAUGGAUGAUUUUGAUUUUACAAAACUUGAUUUAAAAUUGAAUACUUGUCCCCCAAAUACAGGUGUGUCGGCAAUUAGUGUGGCAGAUAGUGGCUUUAUGGAAUCAAAAGAUUUAGAAACAACUUCAACAAUGGAUAUGAACGAUAUUAUUGAUAAGAAAAUGAAAGAAAAUAAAAUACAUUUCGAUGCAUUGUUUGAAAAAUUAAGUUUACAUAUGAAUGAAACAAAUUUACAAAAUAAAUUAUUAGAUAAUAUUAGUGAAGAGUCCACAGAAUCGUCAUCUACAACGGAUUUAUUAAGAAAUCCACGUAAUAACCAAAAUGAGAAUCCAUCUGUGUCAGUGUCAUCGAUAACUUUGAGCAGUGGUGAUCGUCAUUUGGCGGAUGCUAAACUUUAUGAUCAAUUUAAUAGUGAAUCAGAUUUAAGUAGUUUUGAUUUGAAUUCUGAAACGAUACUUUUGAAUAGAGAAGCACCAGAGGGUGCUGGAAAUGCAUCCUCAGAAAAUUUAAACCAAAGUACUAAAACAAAAAAAUAAAUAUUAAUUUUUCAAAAUUUGAAAUGUGAAUAAUCUUAGUUGCAUGUAAUUGUAAGAGCAAUUCUAUAUUAAGAUUCUCAUUAUUAAGAUUAUCAGAUCUGUAUUUGUUGAAAUAUUUAAAUAUUAUACAGGCUGUCACACAAUAAACGCACAAAGGAAAUACAAUGAUUUAAAAAAAAACUAAACAGAAAAAUUCUUGGAUUAAUAAAAGAACGAAAAUAUUGCCUUUUAUUAGUCACAUCUUAUUAAAUUAUUCGUGGAAUUAUUUAGUGUUUGUGCGUACAUAAUCCAAAACUACUGAAGAUAUCGAGAAAUAUAAAUAUAAGAGUGAAAUCAUUAUCAUUUCUAAAAGGGUACAGCAAUAUGUAAUACAUUCCUGUAAAUUUGCUAAACAUUUGACAGCGAGUUAAUCUGCACAAUUAAAAUUGUAAAUCUAAGUCUAAUGUUGAUUUGACAACUCAUUUUAUCGAAGGUAGAAAUUUGAGACACUGAAUCGUAAAACUAUUUUCAACUUAAAAAGUUGGGGAAAUAGUUUUAGAUUUGAUAGAUCAAAAGAGAAUAAAAUAAAAUAAAAAUGUGUUUUAGAUUUGAUAGAUCAGUUCAACUUAUUUGAACUCACGUCAUAUUUUAAUUGGUAGUUAUACCGAGUGCUUUUAAAUGAAUGUUCUGUAAUCAAGGUAGGGGUAGGGUAAGUCGCAAAAAUAUUUUUGCAUAAAAAAGUAUGUCAUCAAGAGGGUAUAAAGAAGAGUAUGUUUUUAUUUGAAAAUUAUUUUCAAAAAUUCAUCGAUUUCGUUAUUUAUACGAAGUGGGGUGUAAUUUAUUGACAUCUGUUGCUUGGAAGGAGAGUGUUUCUGGACACAUAUUCCUUAUACCAAAGUGCGUAACCUAUUACCACCUUGGUUAUUGAUUGCUUAAAAACACUGUGUAUAAAGACUUAUCGUUUCUAGUUGUAAAAUAUUGCAUAAAUUAUGGCAUUAUUAAAUACAUUCAA